AUGUCAGGGUCGAAGAUUGCCCUGCGUUCCACGCCCCGGCCCUCACACCGCCUUGCCUACACACGACCAGGCUGGGGCUUGCGGGCCAGUGGCAGAUGCGAAGUGCGCGUGUUUGCGUGUGCACGUGAGCCUGACUGCAGUCACGUGUUCACCGAGCUGCCGGGCCAGUUGCGAGUGCACUCGGAUUUUUGUCCCCCUGAGAACUCAGGUGAAAGCUUUGCCUUGCAACCCACGGAUGCGAAGACUCAGAUAUUUCAGUCUCAGUGGCCCGCGGCCAACAGUGAUGCCUUGUCUGCGUUUGCCGUGCAAACCGGAGGCGGUGCCGCUGCGCACUCCGGCGCGUCCUCCGCCGGAUUCUCCGAACAGGCGGGCAGUGGGGACGAAGAGGAUAUCCUCGAUCUCAUCAGUUCCUCCCUCGACCGGUUCAACGCCCAACUCCAUCGCAAUCAUCAGGCCAGCAUUCCAAUACCCGUUAAUCAUUCUGUCCUGCCAUUGUGGACGUCUUCCACCGCGAGCAAUAACCUCCAACAACAUCUUCACCACUCCCAACUGAACCAGGUACAAGGCUCCUCAAUAAACGUUGCCUAUUCUGCGCUUUCAAAUGCCUCACCUUCGACAUCCACGGGUGUCUUUUGUGGCUCUUCCAACUCCUCUUCAGCUCUUCUCCACCAGCCACCGAUGCCCAGUCCUCCCGGUCUUUCUCGGUUAUCUCAGCAAACCCCUAUUACUGGGUGUCUGAAGAUGCAGUCCGGUAGAAAACAAAGAAACCUCACUCAAGCCCUCUCCUAUCCCGAGGAAAAAUCAUAUUUUCAACCGAAGGGGUCUUCUGUACAAACGGACGAUCGAGCCUUUAAAAAGGAGCCAUUUAUUUUGAUUCAGCAGUUUGAGAAGCCUGACGCAGUGAUGCUCUUUAAUGUCUGA